AUGGCUUUCGCUACUCUUCGUAACUCUAUCCCCUCACCGACUCGCCUGGUCCGUUCUACCAUGUCGACUUCACACCAAGCGCGACAGCAAUUCCAGAGUCGCCAGUAUUCCUUUGCUUCAUACCUGGUGGCUCCCAAAGAAUUGGACACUGCCUUGAAGAAGAAUCCGGCGACGAAGAUCUCGACAUCCCCUCGUGUAGUCCCUCUAUGCGCCGCCUGGUUCAUGCCAAAUGACCCCGAGGGUCGCAAAGGAAUCGACGUUUUCCGCAAGCAUCGCAUCCCGGGAGCUCGGUUUUUUGACCUCGAUGCUGUCAAAGAUCAUGAGUCUCCAUACCCGCACAUGCUCCCCACCGCCGAAACAUUCGCCGAAGCCAUGAGUGAACUGGGCAUCCGACGCGACGACGAGGUGGUGGUGUACGACUCCGCAGAAGUUGGCAUCUUCAGUGCGCCUCGUGUCGGCUGGACCCUUCGCGUCUUUGGACACCCGCGAGUGCAUGUUCUGAACAAUUACAAAGUGUGGGUUGCGGAGGGCUUCCCCACCGAGACCGGAGAGCCCCAGCAGCCGGAGAAGACCAACUACCCGGUCCCUACAUACGACUCAAAGCUCGUGAUCCCGUACCGAGAGCUGAAGGAGAUCGCCAAGGAGCACAGGAAGGAGGGUGCGAAAGAAGUGGAGAUCCUUGAUGCACGGUCCUAUGGCCGCUGGGCGGGCACCGACCCUGAACCGCGCCCGGGCCUGUCUUCAGGACACAUUCCGGGCUCCAAGAGCCUGUCGUUCCAGGAGCUGCUGGACCCCGAAACUAAGACCUUCCUGUCCGGGCCCGAGCUGCGCAAGAUCUUCGAGAGCAAGGACAUUGACACGUCCAAGUCAAUUAUCAGCUCCUGUGGCACCGGUGUAACGGCGACUAUCAUCGAGACCGCAUUGGCUGAGGCGGAAUACGGCGAGCCGAACCUUCGGAGGGUUUACGAUGGGAGCUGGACCAACGCGUCCUGUCCUGCCGAUCGCCUGAGGGCAAUUAUGACGACCGGACGCAAGGUCUUCCACUGCGCCGUGGAUGAGACGGCGUUAACCACCAAUAUCAGCGAAAUCAAAAAAUGGACCACCAACGGGGCGAUUACUCUGAUUGUGCCUCUCUACACCCUUGAACGCCUCCAUGCAUUGAAGAGAGCCGGGUCGCAGGUCGCCAUCAACGCCCGCGAGGCUGUCCGCUUCCUCGACCGGGUUACCUCGGGCAAGGACAACAUCUCUUCCGAACGGGUUGCUUUGCAGGGUCCCAUGGAGCAGUACGAGAAUUGGGCGGAGGCGGAGAAGUUCUUCCUGCCCGAGUUCGAGGAGGAUCCGGAGGCGAUUGACGGAGUUGGCCCCGACGGCCCGACGGCGCACCCCGACGAGAAAGGCAAAGAACCCAAGAAGAAUGGCGCCUCACCGGACGAUUUAUCCCAGAUGCUACUCAACAAAUUGAACUUCAAGAAGGAACUUGAUGCAGUCUCGAAUACGUCGAACGGCACCCACAGUGCUCCCUCCCGUCCGUCUUCCCGAAGCUCUCGAACCAGCCCCGAAUGUGCCAACUCGCAGGUGAUAACCAACGGAGGAGGAUCGAAGGGGAACAAGGCAAAGCGCGCCAACGGGCAUCGUCGUUCGGCGUCUAGCUCGACCAUUCCCACGGUCCCACCGGUGCUCCGACCCUUGCUCAGCGCGCUGCUGUGGCGACUGCACCAGGGUCCCGAUGCUUCGAAUGCGGCCAAGACUUGUAUCUUGAUCACGAAUGAUCCACAGACUCAGCUUUGGGCACAGAAGUUCGGCAUCGCGGUUAAGAACAUUCAUCAGCUGCGGACAUCCAUCCAGUACGAGGAGCGGGAAUUCAAGAACCGAUGCAAAUAUGUCGAAAAGACCCAGGCCGGCAGCAGCAGCGAACCGAAGUCUCUUCUGUCGUAUGAGGACGAGAGCGACGAAGAUGAGCUCGUCUUCGUUCCUCGCGGUCGAGGCAAGGGAGCAUCGCGCGGUGGUGGUUCUCGCGGGGCCAACAGUCGCAAGACGGUUGUCGCCAAAAGUGUGGCCCCGCCCGUUGAGGCUACAAUGGAGAUCCCCACUCAGCCGAUUGACCCGAACUCGUUCAGCCGUUCGCUUGGCCCUUCCAAACAACAGCCCACAGUCGACCUCAGCACUCAGUCCGGCGCAGCACGGGGCAUGGCGGGUGCGUCUCGGAACUACGCCAAUAACCGCCGGGGAGCCUCUCGGGGCCCUACUCGUGGUAACAGCCGGGGUCGUGGGAAGCUUUGGGUUCCUUGA